GGUCUUUGGGGAGUCAUGACGUCUCAGGAGGAGACGUCUUCCUUCAGGAGGUUUUUUCAGUACGUGGAGGACAGCGGCCUUCGAACAUACGACGGUCUGGUGAUCCAAAAUGCCUCCGACAUCGCCAGAGAGAGCGACCGCAUUCGUAACCAGAACAACUGGACCUACCUGCAGGAGAAACACCAGAAGAAGAGACGGCAGGACGAAGCCAUCAAGAGGAUUGGUGAAGAUGUUGCCAUGGCAACAGACGGGGCAUAUUCUGGGAAACAUUUCAGGAUGGGUUUCAUGACAAUGCCGGCACCACAGGACCGCCUGCCUCCCCCGAGUCAGGGCUUUACUGUCCGAUCCCAGUCCCUCCACUCCGUGGGCGGAGGAGACGACGACUCCAACCAAAACCGAAAACAACCACCGCCCAAACCCAAGAGAGACCCCAACACCAAACUGAGCAGCAGCUCUGAAACGGUGAACGGAGGGCCCGGGGUCACCAAGAGGGACACCCAAGACACCAAAGAGACGCCAGAGCAGGCUGAAGCUCGAUGCCAUCUCUACAGUGAGGACUACAAGAAGAUGCCUCCACCCAAACCCAAAAGGAACCCCAACACUCAGCUCAGCACCUCCUUUGAUGAAUCUUACAUCCGUAAGUCUUCCUUGCGAUGGGACAAAUCUUCCUCCCAGAGUCAGAGUCCGGCGUCGAGAGACACGGAUGACGAGGAACCCGUCUACAUCGAGAUGGUGGGAAACAUCCUGCGAGAGCUGAAAGGUCAGGAAGCCGGGGAGGACGAGCAGAACGAGUCGGUGUACGAGGAGAUGAAGUAUCCAAUGUUGGAGGACUUCCUGCAGGACGCUCAGUCCGCCAUCAUGGAUCCUGAAGCCUGGUCGUCCCGCAGCUCUCUUUGUGACAUCCCUCCACCUUUCCCCAACCUACUGACUCACCGCCCACCGCUGCUUGUCUUCCCCCCCGCCCCCGCUCAGUGCUCCCCCAACUCCGAUGAGUCUCCCCUCACCCCGUUAGAUGUCACCCGGCUGCCCGUGAUGGACAAUGUCUCCUAUAGCAAGUCAGGUGGUGAACAUCCACAGAGCUCCACCCACCACCGAAAGGAGCGAGACCGGGAACGGGAUCGGGAUCGGGACCGCGAUCGAGAACGGGACCGGGAUCGGGACCGGGAUCGAGAACGGGACCGGGAUCGGGACCGGGAUCUGCCCUCCACCCACACCAUCACUUCCUCCGGCCGCUCGUCUGCUCCGCCUCUCCCCUCCAACUUCUACAAGUCAUCUGGCUCCGCUCAUGGUGGUCAUGGCUACCCCCGCAGCCAAUCAGCAUGUCCUUCCCCGGUCAGCAUGGGGCGCUCUCUGACUCCUCUGAGCCUGAAGAGACCACCACCGUACGACGCUUUGAUGGCAGGAGGAAGUAUGCCCCGCUCUUCAUCUUCCUCUUCCUCGUCUUCACACAGGGCCGGGGAGGGCGGGGCUAAACUCAGUAACUCCUCAUCCACCCACGGCUCCAUGCAGAACGUGUCGAUAAGGUCACAGACUCCCACAAGCCCAUUGGACGAACUCAACAACCUGUUUACCUCAGGUAGACAGGUAGUAAAAAAAGGAACGGGAGGCAGGAAGAGCAGACACAGUGAAGGUAAAUACUCAGUAGUGUGUCACUACACCAAUACUACACCAGGAUUACAUCGGUUUCAAACCAACUGCAUGUCAGUGUUACAUCAGGUAGACACGGGCUGGGUGAGAUAAACACUCAUCAUUAUAAUAUCAGUACUACAUCAGAUGGACAGGUGCUGAAGGAAGGGUCAGGAGGCAGGUGUGGCAAUGUUAGAGCACCAUCACUCAUAAAUGAGUGAAUGUCUGGUGGCUUUGCUUUACUACAGUCAGAGCAGGCUCUCAAACCUUCUGUCUAAAC